CUUGCCAAAAAAUAUCAUCCUGACACUAAUAAAGAUCCAGCAGCAAAAGAAAAAUUUGUACAAAUCCAAGAGGCUUAUGAUGUAUUAUGUGACGAAGAAAAACGUGCACAAUAUGAUCAAUGGGGCGCAGCAUAUUCAGAAGGGGGUCCAACAGGUGCAGGUGGAUUUCCUGGAGGUGGUGCAGAUUAUAGUGGAUUUUCUGGUGGAUUUCCAGGAUUUGGUGAAGAGUUUUUUGGCAGUAUAUUUAAUGGAUUUGGCGGCCCAAGGGUUAGAACAGGUUCUGGACAACCUUAUGCAACUGGAUCAGAUGUUGAAAUUUCUUUAAAUAUAUCUUUUAUGGAAUCAGUGAAAGGAUCUAAACAAACCGUUGCUGUAGAAAGAGUAGCUAAUUGUAAAUCGUGUAAUGGAUUUGGUACCAGAAGUGGCAAAAAACCUGAAACUUGUAAAACAUGUAAAGGAUCAGGUACACAAUAUAUUGCUGUAGCAUCAGGGUUUCAUAUGCAAGCCGCUUGUACUUCUUGUAAUGGUAAAGGUACAAAAAUAUUACCUGGAAAUAGAUGUACAACAUGUUCUGGUAAUGGUCAAGUAAAAGAAAGAAGACCUAUUGUUGUUGAUAUUCCUGCUGGUAUUGAGGAUGGUACAAAAAUCAGAUUAAUUAGACAAGGUGAUGCACCUUAUGGUGGUCAAGGAACACCCGGAGAUUUAUUUGUAAGGUUAAAUAUUACUCCACACAACAUAUUUAAGAGACAAGGACCAAAUAUUAUUAUCAACAAAGCAAUACCAUUCUAUCGAGCAAUUCUAGGUGGUCAUAUAAUAGUGCCUACAAUAGAUGGUGAUGUUGAAUUAAAAGUUCCUGAGGCUUCACAACCUGAUCAACGUAUUGUACUAAAAAAUCGUGGUAUAAAAGCUGGCAAUUUACAAGGUGAUCAAUAUGUCAUUUUGAAAGUAAAUUUACCAAAAGCCUUUACAUCUGAACAAAAGGAGAUAAUAAAAAAAUAUGCGGAAAUCACUGAAGGUACUGGAACUACAAAAGAUGCUAUUGUUAAUCUUCGAGACACUCUACAAAUGCUGGAAAAGCGAGAGAAGCAUUUACAGAGUAAAAUUGAUGCUGAACUAAAGACAGCAAGAUCAAAUGCUACUACAAACAAGAGAGCUGCACUAAUGGCCUUGAAAAGGAAAAAACAAUAUGAAACUCAAUUGGAAAAAUUAUCAGGGGCAAAAUUUACAAUUGAGACUCAAGUUAUGGCCAUUGAAAGUGCAAAUGUGAAUCUGGAAACCAUGAAAGCUAUGGAGAAAGGUGCAGAGGCAAUGAAAACAAUACAUGGAUCUAUGGAUAUAAAUAAAGUUGAUGAAACAAUGGAUUCAAUACGUGAACAAAUGGAUUUGUCUGAUGAGAUCUCGAAUGCAAUUUCUGGUCAAAUGCUUGGAAUUCCUUUGGAUGAUGUUAAAUUGGAGGCAGAAUUAGAGGAGUUGGAACAAGCAAAUCUUGAUAAACAAUUGCUUGAAGUUGAAUUACCACUUGCAGCACCUUCUGUACCAACAAAAAAACUUGGUAAAUUUGCAAAAAUUUAA